AUGGACAAAGAGGGAAAUAAGCCCGCAGCACUGUGGGACUUUCUAUCUAAAGUUGGACUGGAGAAAUUUUAUCCUAACAAACUUACUCUUCAUUCUUUCUUGGAGAUCAACAAAAGCAACAUAUAUGAAGAAGCUGUUGAAUCAGUUGAGAAAAUACCAUGGUGUUUUCUCAGAAAACUAUUUCAAGUCAAUGCAAAAUGCAGGAGUUUGACAAAUGUAUCGAACACUGUUGAGGAAAACAAUGACGCUGCAGAAGAUAAUAGGGUUAACCCUCUCGACCUCAUAGUUGCACUCUUCCUUUGUGCUGACAGCUUCUUGCAACAAGAAAUGGCCCUCAAGAUGUCAAUGUGCCAGUUUCCUGUCCCUCUGCUGUUGCCCCAUGGUAAUAGGAGUCAGUGUACCUUGAUGCUGUGGGCUCUGAGAGACAUCGUCAAAGAGUGGCGUCCACAUGAUUUGUCUGAAUCAAGAGGAUUUGUUGAAGAAAACAUUGUUCAAGCAAAUGUACCGUGCUAUUCCUUUGUCAGACUGAAGAACUGCAGCUUAUCAAAGUCCCAGAUUCUGAAUCAUGUUCUCAGUCGUGGACAACAGAAUAACAAUAUCUUCAUACACAGAGAAAUGGAAGGAGGAGCAGAUGAAAGACAAAUUUCAAAUGGAUUGGUGGAGGUUUACUGGUACCUUCCCUGUGGUACUGAAAAUCUGGACAUAUUUCCAAAACCAGUCGCCAUUGUGAAUUUGCGAGGAGAGAUUUCUGAGUCACUCACACAAUUCAACUUUCUUUUUCAAGUGUCAACAGCUACAUUUGUAUUCCUGGACAAAGUUGAAGAAAAUGAGCACAGGAUUCUGACUUCUCUUCAAGAUGUGAAAUCCAAACUCUGUGUCGUUUUUAAUAAAGGGAAUGGUAGAGAGGACACGAUUUCUGUAAAGACAUUGUUGGAUGAAUUACAGCUAAAAGAGAGCGUGAAAACGAAACACUCAAGGAUAAAUGUUGCAGAAUUUUCUAAGACACUUUGUGCGACCAUCAAGACAUCCCUUUUAGAUGUUAAAACCACUGUGAACACUGAAAAUAUGGUUGACAGAGCUGUUGAACUUGGUUUGUCUGUGGAUGAGUGCAAAAGCAAAGACCAAAAAAAAGCAGUUGAGGAGUUUGUGAAAGAAAUCGUUGAGCAGACCACACCAUCCUAUAAAAAACAACAUUUCCCAUUGCAAAGAGAAAACUGGAUAAGACUAUCACAGUUAGACAAGGAAAAAUGUAGGUUAAAGGAAGAUGGCAGCCUACAAGAGGAAGAAAACAAAUCUCAGCUACAUGAAGAACAAGAAAUCAGGAAUGAGCACAGUGAACACAAGCAAUCUACAGCUAUGAAGAGUUUUAUUGAACAUUUGUCCAAAAGUGACAAAGAGGAGAGAGAUUUUUUUCUCAAGUGGUUGAAACUCAAUCUUAACGCUCAUUCAAGAGCAAGAGUGUCUGACCUGCGUAAGAAAUUCAAAGAACAAUGGAUGAAGAAAGAUGUAAAACUCAUGGCAGAGGUAGAUCAAGCAUUGUUGGAUAGCUCUUUAGGAAUAGAGCAUUACAUGAGAGAGAUGGGACUGAUCUAUGAGUUCUCCAUUAUCAGCUCAACAAAACCUGCAGAUGAAAUAUCUCAUCUCCCUGCUUUGGCAGCUGAAAUGCUGUUGGAUGGAUAUCCUUUAGAGCUCUUGGAUGGAGAGGCUUCCAAUAUCCCAGAGAGGUGGGUGACAGAUGUGCUGAUGGAGCUUCACAAAAAGGUUGGGCAGAAGAGCAGACUGUUGGUACUGACUGUGUUGGGUGUUCAAAGUAGCGGGAAGUCAACACUCCUCAACACCAUGUUUGGUGUGCAGUUUCCUGUCAGCAGCGGCAGAUGCACAAGAGGAGCUUUCAUGCUAUUCCUCAAAGUUGGAGAGGAUUUGAAAAGUGAGUUAAAUUGUGACUUUAUUGUCGUCAUUGACACAGAGGGUCUAAAGUCUCCUGAUUUAGCACAAUUAGAGGACAGUUAUGAGCAUGACAACCAGCUGGCAACCUUCGUCAUUGGCUUGAGUGAUAUCACCAUUAUCAACAUUGCAAUGGAAAACUUGAAUGAAAUGAAGGAUGUCCUGCAAAUUGCUAUUUACACAUUAUUGAGAAUGAAGAAAACCGAUAAAAGGCCAGUAGUUCAUUUUGUUCACCAAAAUGUUGCUGGAGUUUCAGCUCAUACAAAGAUCAUGACUGAAAGAAAACAUCUCUUUGACCAUCUCAAUGAAAUGACACAAAUUGCAGCUGAAAUGGAAAAGCAGCCUGGUAUUAAAGCACUCACAGAUGUGCUAGACUAUGAUAUAGAGAAGAACAACUGGAACCUCCCAGGACUCUGGCAUGGAAACCCACCAAUGGCACCAGUGAACACAGGUUAUAGUGAAGCUGUGGUAAAUUUCAAGAAAAAUCUUUUGGAGACGGUAAAAAGUGACACAAGAGAUGAAGUCUCACAGAUCCCAGAGUUUCUAGAAUGGAUGAGAAGUCUCUGGAAAGCAGUGAAAUAUGAGAACUUCAUCUUUAGCUUCAGGAAUACUCUUGUGUCGCAUGCUGUCAACAGCCUUUGCAAAGAGUACACCCAGUGGCAAUGGGACUUCAUAAAAGAGAUUUGCUCCUGGCAGAAAGAAGCAAUAGAACACCUCAGGGCCUCAAUAGAGAACUUAAAGGAAGAACUUCAGGAGGAAUUCUCAAACACUGACAACAUCACUGAGACUCUGAACAAGCUUCCUGUCAAACCACAGGAUGAGCUUUUCAAGCGGGUGUUUGGUUGUGGACACCAGUGUCCAUUUUGUAGAGUUCCCUGUGAGGCUGGAGGCAAAGAACACAAGAAACAUCAUGCAGCUGUUCAUCGGCCACAAGGUGUUGGUGGAGGUAUUAAUGAUGUCAAUAAAAAGUUAAGUGAAACACUGUGUACAACUAAUGUGCACAGUCAAUGUGAAUUCAGUUGCACAGAAACUAACUGGGAGUGGCAUCCUUUCAAAGACUACACCAAAUACUAUCCAGACUGGCACAUUCCUCCAGACCCCACCGUAGAGGCAUCUGACUACUGGAAGUAUGUCCUGGUGCAAUAUAAUGACAAAUUUGCUCAAAAAUUCAAGGCCUUGCCAGCUGAUGUUCCAGAGGUCUGGAGGAGCAUCACAAAGCAACAAGCACUGAACGGUUUGAAAGAUACCUUCAUAAAGUAA